AGCAACAAUGGCCGCAUGGGGCGGCAGAGACGGCGAUGUAUUUGAGGCGAGGCUUUAACUAGAUCGAGAGAUUGGUGAUGAGGAACUGCUCGGCGUGGAUGGAGUAGUGGAAGGGGAGGCCCAGGAACUCGAGGUUGACUCCGAAGGAGACCCAACCCGAGGACCCGUACCCAAGGGCUCCAACAGGGAAUUUAAAGAUGGGGACCAGGGCGAGGGCAUUGGCGGGCUCGACGAAGGACUGGAGGAGCUAGACGACGGUAAGGCCUUUCUGCUUGGCCAUUGACUAGGCCUCUGAGGCUUCGAUUAUGAAUCUGGGUCAGUCCAUUUUCGAGGAGAGGUGGUGUUUUGGGUCGACCUGGGUUUUGGGAAUGAGGGAUUGGUUAUUGGGAUCAGAGUGAGGAUCUGAGAGAUGAGGAGGAAGAUCCCAGAGGUUCAACUGGGUAGUCAGGGAUUAAAGGUUUCUAGAUUAGGUUUUGGAUGUGGGGGACUAUCUGGAAUAUACAAAGCUCCUCUCUCUCAUGAAGCUGGGUGUUCAGUAAUAAAGGAAGCAAUUAAUAGGGGCAUCACCUUCUUUGACACUUCAUAUCAUUAUGGUCAUAAUCAUGAUAAUGAAAUCAUGGUUGGGAAGGCUUUGAAACAGCUUCCUCAAGAAAAGGUUCAAUUGGCUACAAAAUUCGGCAUUUUCAAGUCGGAUAACUUACAACUCUAGAUAAAUGGGAGCCCAGAAUAUGUAAGAGCAUGUUAUGAAGCUAGUCUAAAGCGGCUAGAUGUUGACUACAUUGAUCUAUACUACUAGCAUCGUGUCGAUGUUUUAGUGGCAAUUGAGGAUACUGUAAGAGCGAAGGGAGGGAAUGCAUGCAAAUUCAAUUUUUGGAGUUGCAGAUCAGAGAGAG